AAGAGACAGGAGAGAGAGAGAGAGAGAGAGAGAGAGAGAGAGAGAGAGAGAGAGAUGGAAUCGUGCUCGGCGAACUUGGCCCGUUAUGAGAGGCCGCUGUCUGCUCAGGAACAUCAAGCUCGAUCGACGGUAUUUCGAAGCUCCGGACUGCGGGAGCAGGAUUACGGCGUGAUCUUCGUCCAGCAUCCGAGUCAGGCAAUGGCUGUUAUCGGAGAGGUUUAUCCGUUUAGUGCGCAGACAAUGUGCUUAAAUUGUUUGGGAGGGGAGGAGGAGCCAAUCCAGGACGCAGCGAGAAGGGCAGGUGCGAAGCUGAUCUCUGCGCCCCGAACGUGGUUGGAUCUGCGGAUCCCAGGCUCUCAGCUGAGUCUCAACAUCCGCAAGAGCGGGGGACGGAGUUCCACAAGAGAAGGGACAGCGAACAGGGGUCUCUUCGCCUUCCCGGCGACCGCAACGUCCGUUGGUGCCACCGGACCCAAUGGGACUGCAGCACGGUACUCUCUUCACUGGGUGUCUGAAGCGCGCCGAAACGGGUUUCUCGUACUGCUUGACACAUCAGCUAUCAUCAUCGGCAGAGAGUCCAUCGCUCUCUCGACACAUCGGCCAGAUUUCGUUCUGUGUUCCGUGGCUCCUCCCACCGCCUAUACCCGCUACUACUGUUUGCUGUUCCGAAGAGGCGCUUGACCAGCUGAAGUACAACGGAUUGCAUCCACUAGCCCGCUACUACACUGGAAUGACAACCUAUCCACUAGCCCGCUAGUACACUGGAAUGACAACCUUACCACUCACUGAUGGGUUGGGCCCAUCUCGAUGUACGUCGGAUUGCUGAAUGAAUUUCUGCAGGUGGA